AUGCAGAGUUGUGUGACCUGUGGGAAGCCUGGGAACUGGGAUAGUUACACCAGUGGUGGUUACACCAGUGGUGGUUACACCAGUGGUGGUUAUGCCAGUGGUGGCUAUGCCAGUGGUGGUUAUGCCAGUGGUGGCUAUGUCAGGGGUGGAUAUGCCAGGGGUGGUUAUGCCAAGGGUGGUUAUGCCAGGGGUGGUUAUGCCAGUGGUUAUUCCAAGGGUGGUUAUGCCAGGGGUGGUCAUGCUAGUGGUUAUGCCAGUGGUGGUUACACCAGUGGUGGUUAUGCCAGUGGUGGUUAUGCCAGUGGUGGUUAUGCCAAGGGUGGUUAUGCCAGGGGUGGUCAUGCUAGUGGUUAUGCCAGUGGUGGUUAUGUCAGGGGUGGUUAUACCAGUGGUGGUUAUGCCAGGGGUGGUUAUGCCAGUGGUGGUUAUGCCAGGGGUGGUUAUGCCAGUGGUGGUUAUACCAGUGUUGGUAACGCCAAGGGUGGGAGCAGCCUCUUGGAAAAGAAGGUGCUCAGUGCAGAAUAG